AUGGCAGAACCUGAAAAGGAUACCAAGAUUGAUCCAGUGGUAGUGGAUGAACACCACGAGCGCAAGACAUCCAUCUUCGACGAUGAACAGAAGCGCAAAGAGAGCGUCGCUCGCCUAACAGCCAAUCUCGAGGGCGAAAUCCGCAACCCGCUCGUCGACAUCCCACGAGAGCAGCUCUUAGCCAACGUGCACGACUUCGCCACAGAGCACCAACUAACCGACGUCGAGCCUCUCCUCGUCAAAGGCGCCCUCCUCGCCCAGUCGCCCGCACUCUUCGAAGAUCUCGAAGAACUAGACGAGAAUGAUCGUACCGCCAUCCGCGAAGAAAUCACCCACCGUUUCAAACUACCUCGUACACUCUACUUUACCAUUAUCCUCAACUCCGUCGCCGCAGCUAUCCAGGGCUGGGACCAAACGGGCUCCAACGGCGCUAAUCUAACGUUCGGUCAGGCGCUUGGUAUCCCCGAUUCUGGUCCGGUGUGUGAGGCGGCGGGGACUUGCGAGAAGAAUGGGUGGAUUAUUGGGUUUAUUAAUGCUUGUCCUUAUAUUGCUAUUGCAUGUGAGUCUGAGAUGAUGGGAAAUUGGGGAGGAGUAUGCUAA